AUGCAGGAGGGCAACUUCUUCCUGUCGGCCCUGCAGCCCGAGGCCGGCGUGUGCUCGCUGGCGCUGCCCUCGGACCGGCAGCUGGAGGGCCGGGGCGGCGCGGCGGGCGAGGCGCAGCGGCUGCGCAGCGCCCGCGUCCACGAGCAGGUCCGGCUGCGCAUGAUGCUCAAGGGCCAGGCGGCCCCCCGGCCCCCAGGGCUUGGCCUCGACUUCGCCGCCGACGCCGCAGGUGGGCGCGCGAUCGCGCCCAGCGCGACGCUGCGCCCGGCCUUCAGCUCCCGCUCGCAGGGCGCCGGCUCGGAGGCGCGAGGCUCGCUCUUCCAGGCGUCCAGCCGGAGCGACUACGGCACCCUGGCCGCCAGCAGCUGGUCCUCGCGCUCGGCCGUGGACCUGGCGCCGCGCAAGCGCCCGGCGGCCGCCGCCAACGGGGGCCCGGCCACGGGCUACGCAGGCGCCUACGGGCCGGCGGCGGCGGCCUCCCCGCCACGGCCCAGCUCCUUCCAUGAGCGCUCCUUCGGCGCGCGGCCCAGCUUCGACACGCUCUCGCUGCGCUCGCUGCGCCUGGCCGAGGGGCCGGCCCGCGGCGCCGACGACCGCUACAGCGUGGUGUCCGAGCAGCUGGAGCCCGCGCGCAGCCUCUACCGCGGCGGCGGCGGCUUCGCGCGCUCCUACACCUUCGAGCGGCGGCUGAGCAGCGGCGGCGGCGGCGCGUGGCUGGACGGCGGCGAGGGCCCGCCGAGCCGCACCAUCCGGGCGCCCGCCAUGCGCACGCUGCAGCGCUUCCAGAGCAACAACCGCUCGCGCCUCGGCGCCGCCGGCGCCUACGCGGGCGGCGCGGCCGAGCACAGCUCCCGCGCCCCCUCGGUCCGCAGCCUGGCCGAGGCCGGGCACCACCUGCACGACCAGCGCGAYGGCGGCGGCGCCUACAACGGGCUCGGCACGCUGCUCUCCCAGCACUCCGGAGGGUUUGACGACAUCGACCUGCCCUCUGCGGUCAAGUACCUGAUCGCCAGCGACCCCAACCUGCAGGUGCUGGGCGCUGCCUACCUCCAGCACAAAUGCUACAGCGAUGGCAACGCCAAGAAGCAGGCGCGCAGCCUCCAGGCCAUGCCCAAGCUGGUGAAGCUGUUCAACAGCCCCAACCAGGAGGUGCAGCGCCAUGCCACGGGCGCCAUGCGCAACCUCAUCUACGACAACGCCGAGAACAAGCUGGCCCUGGUGGAGGAGAACGGCAUCUACGAGCUCAUGCGGACGCUGCGGGAGCCCGACGACGAGCUCCGCAAGAACGUCACAGGGAUCCUGUGGAACCUCUCCUCCAGCGACAACCUGAAGGACCGCCUGGCCCGGGACACGCUGGAGCAGCUCACGGACCUGGUGCUGGUCCCGCUCUCCGGYCUGGGUGGCUCGGGUGUCAUCCAGCAGAACCCCUCUGAGGCAGAGAUCUUCUACAACUCCACAGGCUUCCUCAGAAACCUCAGCUCUGCCAGCCAGCAGACCCGGCAGAAGAUGCGCGAGUGCCACGGGCUGGUGGACUCCAUGAUCCAUUACGUUAACAGCUCCCUGGAAGUGGGCAAGUCGGAGGACAAGAGCGUGGAGAACGCCGUCUGCGUCCUGCGAAACCUCUCCUACCGCCUGUACGAUGAGAUGCCCCCAUCCUCGCUGCAGCGCUUGGAGGGCCACAGGAGGAACAACAACAGCACCAUGACGGGGGAGCUCGUGGGCUGUUUCAGCCCCCAGAGCAAGAAGGCGCGAGAGCACUACAUGAGCGCGGACAUCGUCACCUUCACCGAGGUCUCCAAGGACCCCAAGGGCAUGGAGUGGCUCUGGAACCCGCAGAUCGUGGGCAUCUACAACCGGCUGCUGCAGCGCUGCGAGCUCAACAAGCACACGACGGAGGCCGCCUCGGGGGCGCUGCAGAACAUCACGGCCGGGGACCGCAGGUGGGCGGGCGUGCUGAGCAGGCUGGCCUUGGAGCAGGAGCGCAUCCUGAACCCCGUGCUGGACCGCGUGCGCACCGCCGACCACCACCAGCUGCGCUCGCUCACGGGGCUCAUCCGCAACCUGUCCCGCCACGCGCGCAACAAGGAUGAGAUGUCAACCAAGGUGGUCAGCCACUUGAUAGAGAAGCUGCCGGGCGGCGUCGGGGACAAGUCGCCACCCGCCGACGUCAUCGUUAACAUCAUCGCGGUGCUCAACAACCUGGUGGUGGAGAGCCCCAUGGCCGCCCGCGACAUCGUCUACUUCGACGGCCUCAGAAAGCUCUUCUACAUCAAGAAGAGAAGGGACAGCUCGGACCACGAGAAGUCCUCCAGAGCAGCCGCCAGCCUCCUGGGCAACAUGUGGCAAUACACCAAGCUCCACCGGGACUUCAAGAUGAAGGGCUACCGCAAGGAGGAUUUCCUCAGCCUCUAA